AUGUCGGUGACCGCCUGCCAGGGCCUGGGGUUUGUGGUUUCGCUGAUCGGGUUUGCGGGCAUCAUUGCAGCCACUUGUAUGGACCAGUGGAGCACCCAGGACUUAUACAACAACCCAGUGACCGCUGUAUUCAACUACCAAGGGUUAUGGCGUUCUUGCGUCCGAGAAAGCUCUGGCUUCACCGAGUGCCGAGGCUACUUCACCCUGUUGGGGUUGCCAGCCAUGCUGCAAGCAGUACGAGCCCUGAUGAUUGUGGGCAUUGUGCUGGGAGUCUUCGGUAUCCUAGUGUCCGUCUUCGCCCUGAAGUGCAUUCGCAUUGGCAGCAUGGAUGACUCUGCCAAGGCCAAGAUGACUCUGACUUCUGGGAUCAUGUUCAUCAUCUCUGGAAUCUGUGCAAUCAUUGGUGUGUCUGUGUUUGCCAACAUGCUAGUGACCAACUUCUGGAUGUCCACAGCCAACAUGUACAGCGGCAUGGGUGGGAUGGUGCAGACCGUUCAGACCAGGUACACCUUUGGUGCAGCUCUGUUCGUGGGCUGGGUCGCUGGAGGCCUCACACUAAUUGGGGGCGUGAUGAUGUGUAUCGCUUGCCGGGGCCUGACACCAGAUGACAGCAACUUCAAAGCUGUGUCUUACCAUGCCUCUGGCCAGAAUGUGGCCUACAGGCCUGGAGGCUUUAAGGCCAGCACGGGCUUUGGGUCCAAUACCAGAAACAAGAAGAUAUACGAUGGGGGUGCCCGCACAGAAGAUGAUGAACAAUCUCAUCCUACCAAGUACGACUAUGUGUAG